GAAGCGGUUAAAGUAGUGACUGAACCACUGGUGCCGCCACUCGACCACCAGAUUCUAGUGAAGACAGUCUACGCGGGAGUGAAUGCAACCGAUGUUCUCACUUAUGAUAUACCUCACGGCGCCGGUUAUGAGGCAUUAGGAGUGGUAGAGGCCGUUGGCAAACACAUCUCCGACUUUACUAUCGGACAGACGGUGUUGUUUCUGUUUGGCGAUGAUCUUAAUCUGAGAGCUUAUGCUGAAUAUAUAUACGCUAAGAGUGAGGAAUUAACACCAGUUCCGAGUCUUAAGCCAGAGUUCAUAGCAUUACCUGUCAAUGCAAUGACUGCCUCUAUUGGAUUGGAUGUGGCCGGAUUUAUUAAGAAAACUGAUAAAGUAUUAGUGACCGCAGCCGCCGGUGGAACCGGUCUUAUGGCUGUCCAAUGGGCCAAAAAGAAGGGCUCAUAUGUUAUAGGAAUGACAUCAACAGAAGAGAAAACAAAGUUGUUGAAAGAGUUGGGAACCGAUCGAGUGAUCAAUUAUAAGACAGAGAAUUUGGAUGAAGUGCUAACCGAAGAGUUUCCGGAAGGAGUGGAUGUGAUUUGGGAGACAAUCGGUGGCCAAGUAUUGGAGAAUCUGUAUAACCAUUUGGCACCAAUGGGUCGACUGGUUAUAGUCGGCGGAACUCCUGGUUAUAAGGAUGAGGACAAUAGCGAUAAUAUUAUCAAAAUUCCUGAUCUCGCACUUCGAAUUUUGGCCAAAAGUCAAGUGAAGGAAAAUUCAAUGGAAUUAAUUCUGUGGUCAGAGGAGUGGAGUAUUUGCAUUCUGGACGUAACAUUGGAAAAGUAAUCGUUAAAAUACAAAAUCCGUAAAAUAAAUGUUGAUGUACGGAU